UCAGGACAUCUAUGAAACCGCUUCAUCUUCCUCCCCACUCGCCUCCUUCAUUUCUGCUGUCUGACAGCUGUCGUACUUUAGCAUUUUCGCAACACAUUCUGCACAUAAAAACCAAGUCUCAUUAAGCGCCAGGAGAAAAGUUGGCAGUUGUACAACUGGUUUCUCUCACUGGGAGGUUUGCGGCAGACGGCGCAAUGCGUUCCCGACGCGCCAAUUCCACAGCAAAGAGCAGGACAGCGGCUUCAGAAAUGCCGGGAGUUCGAGUGGUUGCUGUGUAAGCUGUCUUCGGGGAAAAACUAAAUCAGGUUAGUAUCCAUGUUUCUGAGAUGGAAAUGACGGUGUCCAUUAAUGAUCGCCAGCAUUACCCCAGCCGGGCCUCCAGUCCUGCACACGGCCCGCAGCCGCCGGGGACCAUUCUGCGUCCUCUAGGGGGCGCGCUGCUCGCAGAUCGGCCCGCUGCGGAAGUCGUUCUGAAGUCCCGCCGGAGCAGGCAGCACAUGCCAGUGAAAACGAGGCGCGUUCUCGGUGAUCGACAAACGUCCCCACGUUUUAUUUUUAUCACCAACAUUCAAACCAAACCAGAGAAGCGGUGCGGUUAAUGAUUAUUCCUAUGGGAGUUUUUUCGUUUCUUUCUUUCUCCGAUCUGGAUUGACGGUCGCGUCAGCGGGUGAAGAAACGCCCCCUGGCAGGCAGAGCGCAGUGCCGCGCGGCAGACUGAGACACAGACGCGUAUUCCGCAGGGAAGGGGAAAUCUGUGCAGCACGGAGCCACAGAAACAGCGAGAGCAGAGAAACACAAAUGGCCAGAAUUCUGUACACGGCGACUUCUCUUCUGUUCAGAAUUUGCGCGUUUGUUUCCACGGCGCGGAUCUAUCCUCCCAACGAAGUUACUUUGCUGGAUUCCAGAUCGGUACCGGGGGAACUCGGGUGGACUGCGAGUCCGGCAGAAGGAGGGUGGGAAGAGGUGAGCAUCAUGGAUGAGAAGAACACGCCCAUCCGUACGUACCAGGUGUGUAACGUGAUGGAGGCCAGUCAGAACAACUGGCUGCACACGCACUGGAUUGGGCGGGGCGGGGCGCAGCGCGUCUACAUCGAGAUCAAGUUCACGCUGCGCGACUGCAACAGCCUGCCGGGCGUCAUGGGCUCCUGCAAGGAGACCUUCAACCUGUACUACUACGAGUGCGAUGCCGCACAGAACGGCCGCGUGAGCGAGAGCCAGUUCUCCAAGAUGGACACAGUGGCUGCUGACGAGAGCUUCACGCAGCUGGACAUCGGGGACCGCGUGAUGAAGCUGAACCGGGAGGUGCGGGAGGUGGGGGCACUCUCGCGCGCCGGGCUCUACCUGGCCUUCCAGGACGUGGGAGCCUGCAUCGCGCUGGUGUCCGUGCGCGUCUUCUACAAGCGCUGCCCGCUGACCGUGCGCGGCCUGGCCCAGUUCCCGCACACCGUGACCGGCGCUGACACCUCUUCGCUGGUGGAGGUGCGUGGCUCCUGUGUGAGACACGCCCAGGAGAAGGACCAGCCCCGGAUGUACUGUGGGGCGGACGGCGAGUGGCUGGUGCCCAUCGGCAGCUGCCUGUGCCAGCCGGGGUAUGAGGAGCACAGCGGGACCUGCACCGCCUGUAAGAUGGGGUUUUACCGAGCCCAGGCCACAGAUGGGAGCUGCUCUCAGUGCCCCCUGCACAGCUCCUCUCUCCACGAGGGGUCCUCCUCCUGCACCUGCGAGAAGGAGUUCUACCGCUCAGAGAGCGAGCCAGCAUCCGCACCCUGCAGCCGCCCCCCCUCCGCCCCCCAGCACCUGAUCUCCAAUGUGAACGAGACGUCUGUGCACCUGGAGUGGGCGGAGCCGCUGUCCUCAGGAGGGAGGCAGGACCUGAGCUACAGCGUGGCGUGCCAGCGCUGUGGGGCGGGGCCGGGGCCGGGGCCGGGGGCGGGGGCGGGGCCGGGGCCGGGGGCGGGGCCGGGGCCGGGGCCGGGGGCGGGGGCGGGGCCCGCUCUGUGCCAGCCCUGUGGGGCAGCUGUGCGUUUCCUGCCGCAGCAGCAGGGUCUGCGGGGCCGGCGUGUGUCCGUCACUGACCUGCAGGCCCACACCACCUACCGCUUCCACAUCUGGGCCCUCAACGGAGUGUCCAAUCACAGCGCCAGCGCCGAGCAGGCCGCCUCCGUCACCGUGACCACCAACCAGGCCACCCCCUCUCCUGUGGCCGUGCUGCAGGUCCAGGACAUCACUCGUCACACUGUGUCUCUGGCGUGGCAGGAGCCAGAGUGGCCCAAUGGGGUCAUCCUGGAGUACGAGGUCAAGUACUUCGAGAAGCAGGAGCAGAAGGAGCGGAGCUACCGCAUCGUUAAGACGGCGUCCCGCAGCGCAGACAUCCAGGGGCUGACGGCCCUCACCUCCUACGUGUUCCAGGUGCGCGCGCGCACUGCAGCCGGGUACGGCAGCUUCAGCGCCCCCUUCCAGUUCAGCACCAACUCAGUUCCCUCUCCUGCAGUAGGUGGGGGCUCCAGCUCGUCGGUGCUGCUGGUGUGUGUGGGGGGCAGUCUGCUGCUCCUCCUCAUCCUCAUCAGUGCCUUCAUCAGCAGGAGGAGGAGUAAAUACAGUAAAGCCAAGCAGGAUGCAGACGAGGAGAAACACCUGCACACAGGUGUCAGGGUCUAUGUGGACCCGUUCACCUACGAGGACCCCAACCAGGCCGUCCGAGAGUUUGCCCGAGAGAUCGACGCCUCCUGCAUAAAGAUUGAAAAAGUCAUCGGGAUCGGCGAGUUCGGGGAGGUGUGCUGUGGGCGUCUGAAGCUGGCUGGGAAGAGGGAGAUCUGUGUGGCGAUUAAGACGCUGAAGGCCGGCUACACAGAGCGGCAGAGGCGGGACUUCCUGAGCGAAGCGAGCACCAUGGGACAGUUCGACCACCCCAACAUCAUCCACCUGGAGGGCGUGGUCACCAACUGUAAGCCGGUGAUGAUCAUCACAGAGCACAUGGAGAAUGGCGCACUCGACGCAUUCCUGAGGAAGAACGACGGGCGCUUUACGGUGAUCCAGCUGGUGGGCAUGCUGAGGGGUGUGGCCUCGGGGAUGAAGUUCCUCUCGGACCGGAGCUACGUGCACAGAGACCUCGCUGCGCGGAACAUCCUGAUCAACAGCAACCUGGUCUGCAAGGUGUCCGACUUCGGCAUGUCCCGCGUGCUGGAGGACGACCCCGACGCAGCCUACACUACACGGGGUGGUAAGAUCCCCAUCCGCUGGACGGCCCCGGAGGCCAUCGCCUACAGGAAGUUCACCUCGGCCAGUGACGUGUGGAGCUACGGCAUCGUCAUGUGGGAAGUGAUGUCAUACGGGGAGCGGCCGUACUGGGACAUGAGCAACCAGGACGUGAUUAAGGCCGUAGAGGAGGGGUACCGCCUGCCCCCCCCCAUGGACUGUCCUGAUUCUGUGCACCAGCUCAUGCUGGCUUGCUGGCAUGAAGACCGCAGCGCCCGACCCAAACACAGCCAGGUCCUCACCCUGCUGGACAAGCUGAUCCGCAACCCACACAGCCUGAGGAGGAGGGAGGGAGAGAGAGCACGGCCCCACACAGCCCUGCUGGAGCCCAGCCACACAGAGCGCACGGUGCUGGGAUCUGUAGCGGAUUGGCUGCAGGCUCUGAAGAUGGAGCGUUACCAUGACAACUUCACUGCCGCAGGCUACAGCAGUCUGGAGAGCGUGUCACGGAUAACAGAGGAUGAUCUGGCACGAAUUGGAGUCACUUCAGCUGCACAUCAGAACAAGAUCCUGAGCAGCGUCCAGGGAAUGUUGUCCCAAAUGCAACAGAUACAAAGAAGAAUGGUUCCUGUCUGAGCCCAUGAAUUUAAAAAAAAAAACUAUAAACUGCUUUAUUUAAAGGGAAGGCACAUGAAAUAAUAAAAUAGUUUACCUCAUCCGUGCACUUUAUAAAAGAAGAGAAGAAAACGGCUGUCUGACAGGAAGAGUGUUGGUGACGUUCCCUGGGGAGUAUGUGUGGACAUGGUGUUGUGUAUACACUUUCCCUGGGGAGUAUGUGUGGACAUGGUGUUGUGUAUACACUUUCCCUGGGGAGUAUGUGUGGACAUGGUGUUGUGUAUACACUUUCCCUGGGGAGUAUGUGUGGAC